UAAUGAAAAUUUUCUGGAGCAGUAACCCCACUAAUUUAAGCUAUGAGCCGCCACUGGUUGUAAUUAGUCAUAACGUUACGUGUAGUGUAAACGAUCCUUAAAAGUGUUUUGGAAUUUUUCCGCUACGUGGCGAUACUUGAAAACAAUAUUUAAAAAAGCUUCAAUAUUCAAAGUUUAACCGAUAGCUCUAAAAUAUACGUAUAGCGAAGAUUUUCUGGACUGUGCACUGUAUCUCUACUUGUAUUCCGGUAAGUUAAUUUUAUGUGAUUGUUUGUUUCUUUUGUUUUUUGUGACUAAAGAUGAAUUUGAUUGCAUUGGAGAAACUCAUGUGGGUCGCAAUAGAUUAAGUUAAACAGAUGUCUGGAUAAACUUUAUAUUUGUGCGAUUUUUGGAGAUUAUUUAUAGAAUGAAUGAAAGUUAUACGUGUUAUGAAUGAUAGAUCGGAAUUUGUUCAAACUUUCAAAUACUGUUCUUAUUUUUUUUUUAUUCAUUUCGAUUGCCGUGACCUUGAGUCCACCAGUAAUGGCAGAAGCGGUUUUUCAUUUUUUAUUUUCAUGAUGACUAUGUAAAACCAGGUCCACGAACCACAUCAAAAUAACAAAUAUUAAAACAAACUUUGCCAUUUAAGGCACGUUGACAAUAUUCUUAUAAACGUGCAGUUUCUUUAAAAAAAUGGCACUGAAUCGUAUAUGUCCAUGCUGCCCUUCAAAUAAAUAAUACGUGAAUCAGAUUUGUUUAUUUCUAUUUUAUUUGUUUUUGUUUUAAAAAAUAUUUCAUAUACCUAUACAUAUACAUAUAAUGUAGUUGCUACAUUAGAUUCAUAUCUCGUGACUCUUUUACACUGUGAAUUAUAAGGGGAUGAUCCUUUUAAGUGAAACUGCACUCUUAUUAUGGAGCUAUGUUGCAGAUUAAAACAUGUUUCUCUUAGGUCUAAUCGUGAUAAAAUUUUAAUGCAUUCCAAAUUUAUAUUAAGGUUCGAGAAUAGGGCCUUCUGCUAAUAUGAAAUAAAUGUGAAAACGAAAAUAUACAAAAUGCUAAUUAGAUUUUUUAUGUGAAGUUAAUAAUAUUUUUAGAAAUUCAUAGCCAUGGAUCAGUUUCGGUGCAAUCAAUGUUUUGCGAAAUUUGAUCGAUCGAAGACUGAAUUCUCCCUCUUACAAUGUGGUCAUUUAUUUUGCGGCAAAUGCAAGUCACAAGCGGGAAAACAAUGUCUCGAAUGUGGAACCGAAAAUGCUCUUUCAGUUUCUCUGAAUGAUCCAUUGCCGCAGAACAUUGCCCCUUAUUUUACCCCAAUGCAAGAAGUACUACAAAAAGUUGUACAAACGGCAACAUUUCAGGAAAACCAGUUACGCAUCACGUUGCGUAAAUAUGCAAAAUUGGAGUCGAAAUACAUUGCAAUGAAGUCAAUUUAUUGGCGUCUGGAACACGAUAUGAAGAAUGUUAUGCAAAAAUAUGUAAUGCUAGAAAGAAGUAUGCAGGCUCAGAAGAGUAAAUUACAUUAUCCGGAAAUGGAGUGUAACAAAACAAAUGUCGCAUAUCGUCAAGGGGAAACUCCCAUGUCAUGUACAGAAUCUAUAAGCUUGCACACUGCCACAAGCUCUCGAUUGCCAAAAAAUUUAAAAUACACUCAUAAACCAAAAGUGAUUACAUCACACCAAGAUUCUGCACACGUCGACAUGAGAAUCACUCCUACUGGAAAUCGAUUUUUGGUACCAUCCAGUCGGACAACGAGAUCUUCUGGCUAUGCUUCAGAAAUUUCCGGGGGUAUUUUGGAACGUACUCAGUUAGAUCCACAAUUUUCUAAAGCGUCACGUUAUCAUGGAUCGAUAACUAAACGAAACUGAACCUAUGCCCGGAAAUCUAUCUUCUUGUUUUGUUGGCUUAUGCCACGUUAAAGUUAUGUUUUUUAUUACAUGACAUGUUAGUAACAAGUAGACUAACAUUCAUGCAAAUUAUUUAAACAAUUCUCUGAAUAUAUGACAGUACAAAUUGCUAUAUAUAUAUAUAAGUUUAGUUAUUAACUCAGUUAGUCAAUUAAAUCCAUUCUAAAUUUUUUGUGAAAUUUGUGUUAUGUUAACAAUAACAGUUCAAAUUGUUAUUUCAGAUUAUUUGUUAAGAUAGAUGAUCAGGAGUGAUAGUAGAUAAUUACUUAGACAAUUUUUGGAGUUAACAAUGAUAAUACCAAUUGUUAUUGAGGGUUAUUUAUUAAGAUAAAUGCUGAGUAGAAACAGAA